UUUAUAACCAUCGGUCCCAAAUUUGGUUAACGCGUUCUUUUGGAUUCAUUAUUAUUAUUUUAAAAUUUUCUUAAAAUGUAAAAACUACUUGCAUUUUUAAAGUUUUAUUUUCUUUUAUUGGGCGGAAGUUGGUCCGCGGCAUUAGCCUUCCCACAGGAACUGGGAACGCGGACGUUUAGACCGCUCCCGUUCGGAUCAAGCCCUACUUCUGCAGAGCUUCCGGUUGGAUCCAGGUUUCUAGCUCCAAUCAAAGCCGCCCAACAUGGGGUUGUUGUCUGACCCUAACAGAAGACGGGCUUUGAUCAGCCUGUUGACCCGCCUCAACGCUCCAAUCUGUGUACUGUGCUACUUUGCUGCUGUGUGUUGGUUCAUGGGGUUGUCAUUCGAGCCUUUCACCUUGCGAACCUACAUGUCAGAGAAUGCCAUGGGAUCCACCAUGGUGGAGGAGCGCUUCCCUGCAGGGGAACGUGCUCUGGCCACAGCCAAAGAGUUUGGUGCUCACAAGAAGAAAGUUGGUGGGAUGCCAGUGGACUGGCUAGUGAAAACCAUGCAAGCUAGAGGGUUGGAGGUGUUCACACAGAGAUUCUCUCGUACACUACCCUUCCCUGAUGAAAACAAUGAAAGAUAUAUUGUGGAAGGUACAAAUGUUUAUGGGAUCCUUCGAGCACCUAGAGCUCCCCGAACUGAAGCGCUGGUUCUCAGUGCUCCCUGUAGCCCUGGCGAUGACAACAACCAGGCUGUGGGACUGCUGCUUGGCUUGGCUCAUUACUUCCGAAAUCAAGUUUUCUGGGCCAAGGACAUCAUCUUUCUUGUGAACGAGCACGACCUGAUUGGAAUGCAGGCCUGGCUGGAGGGCUACCACCACACCAACACCACAGGAAUGGACUGGUCUCCCUUGCAAGGCCGUGGCGGUUCAAUCCAGGCGGCGCUGUCCCUGGAGCUCAGCAGUGAUGUCGUCACCAGUUUGGACAUAGUACUGGAAGGCCUCAAUGGCCAGUUACCCAACCUGGAUUUAGCAAAUCUCUUCUAUGCCUUUUGUCAGAAGAUCGGAGUCCUGUGCACCAUUCAGGGCAGGAUUCAGAGGAACGACUGGGACAGCGUGUCAGGCUACAGCCAUGCAGUCCAGACCAUGAUGCUUAUGGUGAUGAAGCAGGCCAGUGGGCGAUCCUGGGGAGAUCACGGACUAUUUCUGCGCUACCACAUAGAGGCCGCCACCAUCAAGGGCAUCAACAGCUUCCGACAGUACAAGACCGAUGCCACCACCGUUGGCCGAUUGCUGGAAGGGAUGUAUCGUAAGCUGAACAACCUCCUGGAGCGUCUUCACCAGUCAUAUUUCUUCUAUCUCAUGCCGUCGCUGUCCCACUUUGUCUCUAUCGGAUACUACAUGCCAGCCUUUGGCCUCCUUGCUGUUAUUUUACUACUUCGCGCUUUAGACCUGUGGGUUCAGCUUGCGACUCCACCGUCUAGAAAUGAGGAUGGUGUUGCUGAUAUAGAACAGUCCAGUACGGGGGUGCUGUCGGUGUUGACUCCUCUGGUCAUCAGCCACCUGACAGGAGCAGCUUUGUACAUGCUGCCUGUUCGUUUCCAGGAGAUGGCGGUUGAACACUUCCAGGUUUCUGAAACGGAAGCCGUUGUCCUGACAGCCAUUGCUGUUUACACAGGCGGCCUGGCUUUGCCUCAUAACACACACAGGCUGAUUUCUGGUGAGGGGACAGAGCAGGGCUGGAGGGUGCUGAAGCUCGUCGCCGUGUUGUACCUGGCUGUUCUGCUGGGAUGCACCGCUCUCAUCAACUUCUCCCUGGGCUUCAUCCUGGCUCUCACCCUGGUGCCUGUGGCUUCUUUUGUCACACCACAUGUCCCUAAGCUUCUUUCAGCUGUCGUCCUGGUGAUCCUCAGCCCAGCCUUCACUCUGCUGUUCUCCGUCUUUAUCUUCCAAGAGCUCCAGGAAAUGCCUGUUAGCUUUCAAGAUGGCUGGAUGCUGUACCUUUCAGUCAUUUCACAGGGCAUUUUAGACCACUACUUGUAUGGGUCUCUGGUCUACCCACUCAUUGCCUUGAUGGUCUAUCCCUGUUGGCUGCUUUUUUGGAACAUCCUCUUCUGGAAGUAGCCUGCUGGCCUACCGAAGAUUUCCGUGCAUCCAUAUUCUGAGAUAAUCUCAGGUUGAAUUGUUUUGGAGGAAUGUGAAGAACUAACACUUAAUUCACUGUAAAGUGAAAAGAAAAACAAACUUUUUUUCUUUUUAGGGAGGAUUGUCUUUUCUUUGCACAUUUUUUUGGUUCUCCAAACACUGGAGUUAAAUUUUUUUAAUGGUUACAACUCAACAGAAAUAAAUUGAUUUAUAUGUUUUGUGACUUUUAAAACAAUGUAAUGGGAAUGGGGAGAUAUUAAUGUAAAGAAAAUGUAAACUGUUGGGAAAACGGUAUUUUGUUGAAGUUUUUCUCUUAAAUUUUUGGUACUUAACACAUACAGCACUGUUUUAAUUUUUAAAUUAUAUUUAUCAAACUGGAUGGUAACAAGAAGAAAGUUUAACAUGGCCUGUUUUUUUUAAUUAUAAAAAUAUGUCAGUAUAUCUACAUCCGUCAGUCAGCCAUUAAACACUUCAUAUAUUUUUGUA